GGUGGGGCUGCUUCAGACUGGUGCAGUAGCUGACUGUGAUUUGCUUCAUGCCUUAGCAGAGGCUUUGCCAGCAACUGCAGAGGAAGCCAGUCCACCAUGUCGGCGGCCGCUGUGGACCCAGUUAGUGCGGCACCCAUGACGGGUUCAAAGGAGAUAAGUUUGGAGGAGCCAAAAAAGAUGACCCGAGAGGACUGGAGGAAGAAGAAGGAGCUAGAAGAACAGAGAAAACUGGGCAAUGCUCCUGCAGAAGUCGAUGAAGAGGGAAAAGAUAUCAACCCUCAUAUUCCUCAGUAUAUUUCUUCGGUUCCAUGGUACAUUGAUCCAUCAAAGAGACCCACUUUAAAGCAUCAGAGACCACAGCCAGAGAAACAGAAGCAAUUCAGUUCAUCUGGGGAAUGGUACAAGAGAGGCGUAAAGGAGAAUUCUAUAACUACCAAGUACCGCAAAGGUGCAUGUGAGAAUUGUGGAGCCAUGACACACAAGAGGAAAGAUUGCUUUGAGAGACCUAGGCGGGUUGGAGCGAAAUUCACAGGCACUAACAUCGCCCCAGACGAGCACAUCCAGCCCCAGCUGAUGUUUGACUAUGACGGGAAGAGAGACCGCUGGAAUGGCUACAAUCCAGAAGAGCACAUGAAGAUUGUGGAGGAAUACGCCAAAGUUGACCUGGCAAAACGAACAUUGAAAGCGCAGAAACUGCAAGAAGAGUUAGCCUCUGGAAAAUUAGUGGAGCAAGCUAAUUCUCCAAAACACCAGUGGGGAGAAGAGGAACCCAACUCUCAGAUGGAAAAGGAUCAUAACAGUGAAGAUGAAGAUGAAGACAAAUAUGCAGAUGAUAUUGACAUGCCUGGGCAGAAUUUCGACUCUAAGAGACGCAUUACUGUUCGCAAUCUCCGGAUUCGUGAAGAUAUUGCAAAAUAUUUGAGAAAUUUAGAUCCAAAUUCUGCCUAUUAUGAUCCAAAAACCAGAGCGAUGAGAGAGAAUCCUUACGCCAAUGCAGGAAAGAACCCAGACGAAGUGAGCUACGCUGGAGAUAACUUUGUUCGAUACACAGGAGAUACCAUCUCCAUGGCUCAAACACAACUGUUUGCCUGGGAAGCCUACGACAAGGGGUCUGAAGUGCAUCUCCAGGCAGAUCCUACAAAGCUAGAGCUGCUGUAUAAGUCCUUCAAAGUCAAAAAAGAAGACUUCAAAGAGCAGCAGAAGGAAAGCAUCCUGGAAAAGUACGGUGGCCAAGAACACCUGGACGCCCCUCCAGCUGAGCUGCUCUUAGCCCAGACAGAAGACUACGUGGAGUACUCCAGGCAUGGCACAGUCAUUAAAGGCCAGGAACGCGCUGUCGCCUGCUCUAAGUACGAGGAAGACGUGAAGAUCAAUAACCACACGCAUAUCUGGGGAUCUUACUGGAAAGAAGGCCGCUGGGGAUACAAAUGCUGUCACUCUUUUUUUAAGUAUUCCUAUUGUACUGGAGAAGCUGGGAAGGAGAGUGUUAAUUCAGAGGAAUGUAUUAUAAAUGAUGUGACUGGAGAAGAGGCUGUGAAGAAACCUCAGACCCUCAUGGAGCUGCAUCAGGAGAAACUAAAAGAGGAGAAGAAGAAGAAAAAGAAGAAGAAGAAACACCGCAAGAGCAGUUCUGACAGCGACGAUGAGGAAAGGAAGCAGGAAAAACUGAAAAAGGCACUGAAUGCAGAGGAGGCUCGCCUUCUUCACGUGAAGGAGAUCAUGCAGAUUGACGAGCGGAAGCGGCCCUACAACAGCAUAUAUGAAACCCGAGAGCCCACAGAAGAGGAGAUGGAAGCCUACAGGAUGAAACGGCAGAGGCCAGAUGACCCCAUGGCCUCUUUCCUAGGACAGUAACUAGUCAGGAUCGGACACAUACACAGCAUGUUCUUUCCAGCUCCUUGUCACCUAGAGAUAGAAAAUCUUUAUCUGUCCUUCUUGCUCCCUGACAUUAAUAAAUUUUUCUGAAGACUCAAA